CUCCAGUUGCUCAUCCAGUUGCGAACCAUGAAGGCCAUCGGAAUCCUGCUGGCGAUCGCCUUGACCACCGGCUUCCUGGUGGUUUCCGCCGUAAAUCUGCCCGGAGUGCCCGUGGAUUUUGACGUGGACGACCACAUCCUGUCCGCCAUUGCGGACGACAUAUCCGAGCGUUUGGCCAAGGAGUACAUUGCCUUUCUGAAGACCGGCGUGGAGACGCCCGAGUUCCUGAAGCUCACCAAUCAGCUGGCCAAGUCGCACAGCCAGAAGGAUAUAUUCACCAGGAACAUGCCCGACCUGGAGCCCCGGGACAGCUUCUUUGUGUGCGUGGCCUGUCGCUCGGUGAUGCGCGUGCUAAUCCGCACCAUUCGCGAAGAGGAGGGCGAGCUCCAUGGGGAGGAUAGCUCCGUGCUGAUGAAGGAUUUCGCCAUGGACGUGUGCCGCCGCUUGAAUCUGCAAACGGAGGAGGUCUGCGAGGGAUUGAUCGAUUCCAACCUGCCCACCGUGGAGUACAUCAUGCGCAAUUCCGAGAGUGACUCCCAGAGCUUCUGCUCGCUGUUCAUGGAGUUCAGCUUCUGUAACACCGGUAGCAAUCAAGAUUACAAUUGGACUUUGCCUGUGGACACUACUAAAGAGAGUUUGACUGCAUCCAAGUCGGAUACGCCCACUUUUAGUGACUCUGACAUCAGGAUCUGCCAAUUCACCGAUAUUCACCACGAUCCCUACUACACUCCCGGCAGCCUGGCCACUUGUGCGGAGCCCAUGUGCUGCCAGAGGAACAAGGAGACGGCCGAGGGUACGGAGGGUGCAGCUGGAUACUGGGGCGACUACCGGGACUGCGAUCUGCCCUGGCACGCCUUUGAGUCCGCCCUGGACAACGCGGUGGCCAACUCCAAGUGCGACUACGUCUACCAGACCGGCGACAUUGUGGACCACAUGGUGUGGGCUACCUCCGUGGAGAAGAACACCAUGGUGCUGACCAAGGUCAGUGAGCGACUCAACGCGGCCUUCGGAGAUGUUCCCGUCUAUCCCUGCAUCGGCAACCACGAGCCUCAUCCACUCAACCUCUUCAGUCCCGAGGGCGUUCCAGAUGAGAUCAGCACCAAGUGGCUCUACGAGCACCUGUACAACGAUUGGUCCAAGUGGCUGCCGGCAGAGACCAAGGAAACGAUCCUCAAAGGAGGCUACUACACGGUGGUGCCCAGGAAGGGCUUCCGUAUCAUCGCUCUGAACAGCAACGACUGCUAUACGGACAACUUCUGGUUGUACCACAGUGGCACGGACAAGAUUCCCCAGCUCCAGUGGUUCCACGACACCCUCUUGGAGGCCGAGAAGAACGGCGAGUACGUCCACGUGCUCACCCACAUCCCGUCGGGCGAUGGCACCUGCUGGUCCGUUUGGGCACGCGAGUUCAACCGCUGCAUCACCCGCUUCAGCUCCACGAUUAGUGGCAUCUUCACAGGACACUCGCACAAGGACGAGCUAUUCGUGUACUACUCGGAGGACGAGGGACACGCCACCGCAGUGGCCUGGAACGGCGGUGCUGUGACCACCUACUCCAACAAGAACCCCAACUACCGGGAGUACGCCGUUAAUGCCGAAACCUUCACUGUGACCAACCACUGGACCUGGAUCUACAACCUGACUGCUGCCAACCUGAAGCCGGAUGAGCAGCCCGAGUGGUUCCUGGAGUACGAGUUCAUCAAGGAGUUCACCGAGGACCUGAGUCCGGCCGGCAUCGACAAGCUGCUCGAUGAGUUCGCCGAGAAUCCCACCUUGAUGAGAAAGUACUGGCGCUUCCGAGUGACCUCUGCAGAUCCCCAGGUGAAUGGAGGCUGUGAUCGCACCUGCUUGGCAGGAUCUCUUUGCCGAGCUGCUGUCACCAUCAAUUCCCAGCGAGGACGCUGCGAGGAGCUCCGUGAGAAGUUGUUCGCCUCGCUGGACAACGAGGAAAACACAUCGUCGGGCGGCAGUGAAGCCACCACUCCAAGUCCCAGCACCCCGGGUGAUAACGACGACGACAACGGUGGAGGAGCCUCCGCCUUGGGACUGCUCAGCGUCAGCUCCUUGCUGGCCAUCGUCCUGUCCAUCCGCCUAGCCCUGUAGUGAUCCUCAUUUGUACCCCCUAAGUUAUAUAAACCGAAUGGA